AUGGUCGAUUUGAAUGAGCCUGUUCCGCCGCAACGUGAGAACGGAGCAAGGAGUGGACAAGGAGAUGUGCAUGGUGGAGCGAAGAUGAGUCCGAAGGCGACUAGGAUUGUAGAAGAGAUUCUACAGUUAGACGACCUUUAUCAGAUCCUCGGCGCCUCGCGAACAUCCAAACCAGAAGAACUGCGUCGAGCAUACCUGGAUCGCUGCAGAAUCUGCCAUCCAGACAAAUUGCCGAAUGUACCAGCAGCGACAGCGGCGUUUCAGAAGGUGUCGUUUGCCUACGAUAUCCUCUCCUCGUCCUCAAAUCGCCGCAUCUAUGAUCAUGCCGGUACGCCGCCCUCCAGUAUCUCUUCGGCAACCACCACGGCGCCAUUCCUGGGGGAAUACACCUUCCGAAGCGCAGUAGCCGCUGUAUUGAGGGAAUUCAUGGAAGGAGAUUUUACGUUAUUGAGAAAGGCAUUUCAGGUAUUGAAUCGGCAAUAUCCGAGUUUGGGGCUUGGAGAAGAGGUGUUAGAAGCUGUGGAGAGGAGUUUCUCGAGGUUGAGAGAGGUCGUUCUGGCAACGCAAACGUACGCUCUUCUCCUCUCGAUCGAGCUUCACCGCGUCAAUCGUGUACGGCAGCAUAUGAGCACACUGUCGUACUUCGAUCUUGUUAAUCGGUUUCACGUAUCGGUGCAGCUGGCACGGGUGACGUUAGCGAUUCCUAUGCGGAUUGAUUAUGCGACUAGGAUGAGAGCAGAGGAACGUGAAAGAGCGAGAGGAGAAGUUGAGGGAGAACGUGAGCGAGGGAGGAGGGGAUUGUUGAAUGAGAGGGUGAUGAAGCUACUUGGUGGGGUGGUGGAUGUGUUGGAGAUGAUGGAGAAUCACCGCGGCGUGGAUCUUGACGAUGAGGAGGAUGAUGCUGGGAGUUCGAGCUCAGCGAGCAGCGAAGGAGAGAGGAAUGAUUGGAUUAGGGAUCCUGGAGAAAGAAGGAGCAGGAGCAGAAGAAGUUCGAGUACAGGAUACGACUUCAACCGGACCCGCGCAAAUGGGUGGUUCUGGAGCGAGAGACCUACACCAAACCCAAACGAGACCCGAGCAGGCGGAUGA